CCGACAAACCCGACCAUUCGUGUUAACUAAUAGUAAGCACUAUUAGAAAUUAUGUCUUUACUGGCAGGUUGGAACCGCAUCAAUGUUCACUCCAAGUCCACACCAUAGAUCUAGGCCGACCUGAACUUACCUCAUUUCUCAUCACUAUCAGAAGGACACCAAUGGAUAAGGUAGAACAACGUAACAUUGUUAUUAUCGGCGGUGGAAUCAUUGGAUGCAGCGUUGCUUACUACCUGUCCAGGCACCCAUCAUAUUCCACCUCGACAACAGAUAUCAUAGUUCUCGAAGCCUCGGCAAACGGGGUAGCGCAAGGAGCUUCUGGAAAGGCUGGUGGAUUGGUUGCUAAAUGGGCAUAUCCACGUGAAAUCGUAGAUAUCUCAUUUCCAGAGCACGUCAAGCUCGCUGAAGAGCAUAACGGUGCAGAAAGGUGGGGCUGGAGAUUCGUUGGUUGCGGUAGUUGGGAGGGGGAGGGGGAGGCGUUUGGCGAGAGUGGAUCUAGUGUUGGCAAGGGAGGUAAACGCAAAAGUUUGGAGAAGACACUCGGUUUCGACGCUAGUGCUGUGGCACCGGAAAGCAGAGCGGCCAAAGGGCUGCCUGAUGACUUAAAUUGGGUCAAGGAGGAAUUAACCACGUCAUACAGCCCAAUGUCUGGUCCAGACGGGACAGCACAGGUUCACCCAUAUUUAUUCACCACAAGUAUGCUCGACCUCGCGAAGGAGCAAGGAGUUCAAUUGGUAGAGGGGACUGCUGUCUCUGUUGAGCAGGUUAACCGUCGUGUCACGGGCGUCACUUAUCGUGAUCGGUCUGACUCCAAUUGCAUUAAAACACUCCCUGCAACGCAUGUAGUGUUAUCGGCUGGAGCAUGGUCGCCAUCCAUCAUACCUUCCCUUCCAAUUGCAGCCACCCGCGCUCACAGCGUUACCAUCCACCCCAAGGCCGGUGUUACGAUAUCACCCUACGUAUUAUUUACAGAAAUCUUACUUCCGCAUUCUCUCAGCGCCUCUCCCGAGAUAUAUGCGCGCCCGGAUAACGAAGUGUAUGUCUGUGGUCCAGGAGAUGAUUCGACAUUGCCUGGCAACGUAGAUGACGUUGAAAUCGAUCUAGCGGCUUGUCAAAGCAUAAUAAACCAAGUUGGCAGCAUCUCCCAGGAGCUGAGAGAGGGAGCAGUCGAUAAGCGUCAAGCAUGCUUUUUGCCAGUGGUACGUACUGGUGGGGGCCCUAUCAUCGGGGAAGCAGAGAAGAUUGCGAAAGGUCUAUAUAUUGCAACCGGUCAUACCUGCUGGGGAAUUUGCAAUGCGCCUGGAACAGCCAAAGUAAUCGCAGGACUUAUCAUGGAAAGAAAGGCUCGCUCGCGCAAUUUAACGAAAUUGGCACCAUCGAGGUUCUUGUAGGAAAAUUCCAGGAUGCGCUCCAGGCAGCCAAGGUGGUAUCUAUUAUUCGGAACCGUGGGGAGUAGCUUCUGGGGUGCACUUGCGCAAUUUGACCAAAUAGGUACCCUUGAUUUUACGACGCGCUACAAGCAACAAAAGCGAUGUCAACCAAGUCAACUUUUGUAGGUGAAAAAGUGUUGAGAAUAGUUAUCCGAAAUUGAGCUACCUCA